AUGAGUAGUAUUACAUCGACAACGGCAUCAUCAACUCAACGCAAACAAGCAGUUGAUAAUCGGGCAGAUGCAAACAAUUUAAAAGUAGUAACAGUAGUAGCAACACGAGGUCGCGGAGCUGAAAUAUCCGAAGAAAUAUCUUAUACAGAUACGAAAGUCAUCGGUAAUGGUUCAUUUGGUGUUGUUUAUCAGGCUAAAAUUGUACAUUCAAAUGAACAAGUCGCUAUAAAAAAAGUUUUACAAGAUAAAAGAUUUAAAAAUCGAGAACUUCAGAUUAUGAAACGACUUGAUCAUCAAAAUAUUGUUCAAUUGAAAUUUUUCUUCUUUUCAUCGGGUGACAAAUCAAAAGAAGAAGUUUAUUUAAAUCUCGUACUGGAAUUCGUACCAGAAACAGUGUAUCGUGUCGCACGCCAUUACACAAAACAAAAACAAACCAUUCCGCUCCUAUAUGUCAAAUUGUAUAUAUAUCAAUUAUUUCGCGCUUUGGCGUAUAUACAUUCAUUUGGUAUUUGUCAUCGAGACAUUAAACCUCAAAAUUUAUUACUCGAUCCGGAGACAUCCAUAUUAAAACUAUGCGAUUUCGGAAGUGCAAAACAAUUGAUUAAAGGUGAACCAAAUGUUUCCUACAUUUGCUCACGUUAUUAUCGUGCACCAGAAUUAAUCUUUGGCGCCAUCGAUUAUACAUGUUAUAUAGAUGUUUGGUCUUCGGGAUGUGUUCUCGCCGAACUUUUACUGGGUCAACCAAUAUUUCCUGGUGAAAGUGGUGUCGAUCAAUUAGUAGAAAUAAUCAAAGUGUUAGGUACACCAAGUCGUGAGCAAAUUCGACAAAUGAAUCCGAAUUAUCAAGAAUUUCGUUUUCCACAAAUCAAAGCGCAUCCCUGGCACAAGGUCUUUCGUAAUCGCACGCCCCCGAUGGCCAUUGAUCUUGUUUGUCGAUUACUUGAUUAUACGCCACUUACGCGAUUGACACCACUUGAAGCUUGUGCACAUGCAUUUUUCGAUGAACUACGCGAUCCCGAUACACGAUUGCCUAAUGGUCCCCUACCGCCAUUGUUUAAUUUUAGCCAGCAAGAAAUAAAUAUAAACCCAUCGCUCAAUUCACGUUUACAAUCUUCACAUCUGCAAGGUCAACAAGCUGUAUCAACUGGUGGUAAUGCUGCUUCGUCAACUAGCUCAACAGCUGCAAAUGCGGCAGCCACUGGUGUUAAUACAGCAGGAACCUCAGCCAUAACCCCGAAUGCAAAUGAAAAACCCAUAACACCGACAAAUAAUGCAACGAAUACUCCGCCACCAUCAGUUUUACCAACGAAUGGAUCCGGCGAAAACAAUCCUAUGAAUACAAUCGAUGAACAAACAGCAACAAGCGGUGAUUCACUCAAUAAAGAUCGCUCUUAA